ACAAUUUAUUUUAGUAAGCACCGAUAAAUACAGUAGAAACACAUUUCGCGAAUCAAAAUCAUCGACAUUGGAACUUUAAUUCUCGAGCUGCCCCUCUCACUCCUCCACCGCUGCAGACAAAAUGAUGAAGGCAUCUCUGAAAGGCAGGUAUGAAACUGACAAAAGUAGCGCAGCUGCCACUGUAGCUUUCAACGCCGGCGAUGUCAAGUUCCGUGCUUCUAUGACUGACGCAACCGUCGUCAAAGGCCCCAGCAUAAACGGCUUGGUUUUAGCCGUUGAGAAACCCGGUUUCUUUAUGGUCGACUAUAACGUCCCCAAAAAGGAUUUUAGGUUUCAGUUUAUGAGCACAGUAAAGGUUGCGGAUAAGCCCUUGAAAUUGACAUAUAUUCAUAGCAGAGGGGAUAACCGCACGUUAUUAGAUGGUGCACUUGUGAUUGAUUCGGCUAAUAAAGUGUCCGCCAAUCACGUUCUUGGUUCAGGGAAUUGCAAGUUGAAGUACACCUAUGUGCACGGUGGGCUUACCACAUUUGAACCAUCUUAUGAUUUGGCUAAGAAUUCCUGGGAUUUUGCCGUCUCGCAAAAGGUUUAUGCUGAUGAUGUGCUAAAGGCUACAUAUCAAACAUCCAGCAAAGCCUUGGUAAUGGAAUGGUCGAGGAAUUCAAAGUUCAAUGGGAAUUUCAAGAUUUCCGCAUCUGUCAACAUGGCUGAGGAAUCCAAAGUGCCAAAAUUAAGUGCUGAGAGUACAUGGAACUUUGAAAUGUAAUCCAGUUUAUGGUAAUAAUAUUCAAUCAAAAUCUCUAAAAUUUGGAGAAAUGUUCUGUUCACCAUUGAUUGUGCUCCUAUUAGCUUUGAUCUUCUUUUUGCCCUUGAACUGAAAUAUUGCUUUUAAUAGUAACUGAGCUGAUUAUUUUUGGCUCCAUGAUGUCAACUGUCAAAACGUUCUUUUUACAGUUUUUUAGCUUAA